AUUUGGCAGUAGCUGUUGUUGCUCUUUUCUUGCUAUCUCGUUGUUCUUUGAAGAGCCGCUUUCUGUGCGCUCAGCAAUCUACCUCGAUAUUUUUAAACAUUUUAGGCGCAUUCGCCUUUUGAAAAAAUAUAUUCCGUUGCUGUUUGUUGCUCGUGUUUUGUAUAAAAGACGCGUUGGGGAAAUAGGAACCACUAGCAGUACUAUCGCCAUGAUUGUAACAAAAGUGACCAGUGUUGAACAAUACAAUCAAAUAAUCGGAUCUUCCUCGGUUACGGUAGCAUUAUUUUCGGCAGAAUGGGCCGAACAGUGUCAACAGAUUCAAAAAGUGAUGUCGGAAUUAGCGAAACAAGCGCCCUUUGCUAAGGUUCAAUUCUUAGAUGUUCCCGCUGAAGAUUUGCCCGAGGUGGCCCUGAAGCAUCAGAUUGAUGCAGUGCCGACAGUAAUCUUCUUCAAAGCUGGAAGUGCAGUAGAUCGGAUUGAUGGUGUGGAUAUUGCGUCUUUAACAUCCAAAUGUAGAAAAUUUGCCGGACUUACUGGUGUUGAGCCGGAAGUUGGGGGCAGUUUGGAUGAUCGGCUCAAAGCACUGAUUAACCGUUCGAAAGUAAUGAUUUUUAUGAAGGGAGAUCGUGAUACACCUCGUUGCGGUUUCUCUAAGCAGUUGAUCGCAAUUAUCAACGAAACCGGAGUCGCAUAUGAUACAUUCGACAUUCUUUCUGACGAGGAAGUGCGACAAGGGCUGAAGACAUACUCCGAUUGGCCAACGUAUCCACAAGUUUACGUAAAAGGAGAGCUUAUCGGUGGCCUGGAUAUUAUUAAAGAGCUGCUGACGAGCGGAGAGCUGGAUGCGACGUUGAAAGCUUAAAAAUACUUCACAUUAUGAAAAAUAUUAAUCUGCUCAAAGCAUGAAAAAAUAAAUGAAUUUGGCGAAAAAUAA